UUUGUCAUUUUAUAUAAGUAAUAGAUAGAUAAAUAGAUAGAUAGAUAGAGAGAGAAAUAAUGAGAGAAAGAAACUGUGUGUAUGAGAGAGAGAGAGAGAGACUUAGUUUCGUUCUUUUCCUCAACAUUUACCAACCAAGAUAUAUAUUGUAUACCUGCUUUAAACACUUUGUAUAAAUUCUUUAUUUUAUUUUUAUGGUCCUAGAAUUCAACAAAAUGUGAAGAGUUAAAAAAUGGAAAAUAAUUAUCAAUCAGUCAAUUACGACAGUCGAUAUUAUUUCUGGUCAACGUGAAGCAUUUUGAAACUUCCGUUCUGCAGAAUUCAAGAAUUUGGAAGCAUUUUUAUGUUUAUAUUUUCUUGGAUGAUAUUUUUUUACAACUAUGAUUUUCAAUUAAUAUUCUGAUGUUUUAUUUUAAAUAGUAUCCAGCUUUCUGCGGAGCUUCUUAAAGUUGUGUAAUUCCAAACAUUUUCAAGUGGCUGAAAAAUGGAUGAGGUUCUGGAUACUGACCUAUGUAAUCAAAUGUCAGAACAUUUGGAAAAACUGACCAAUUCUGGCAAACAAACUCUUGAUGAGGAGAUCAUGAAAAAAUUCAAAAAAAUUUGCAAAGUUUCCAAUAUUUAUGUUCUCCGUGCAUAUGAUCUGUUGAUGGUGCAUCUCUGCAAGGAACAUGCUGAAGUCAGGUGGUCAACUUUUAUGAUAAUCAAUGAACUUUUUCAAAGAUCUCAUUGCUUCCGAGAAAAAUUGGUGUCAGAGCUUCAACCUUUCUUUACACUGGCUGUCGGCAUUGACCCUGAAGAACCUUUACCACCGCCUAAAGUUGUGGCCAAACGACUGAGGUUUGAAGCUCUGAAAGCUAUCCAACAAUGGAAUGAGAAAUUUGGAAACGCUUAUAAAAAACUUGCUCUAGGCUAUAAUUUCCUGAAGAAUUGUAAAAUGGUUGAUUUUAAUGAUAUCCAUGCCAGGACAAUUGUAGAACGACAAAGAGAAGCAGAAGCUGAGAGGAAAAAACAGGUACUUUUGCAACGAAAGAAAGAAAAGAUACUUAAAGAAAUAGAAGAAACUUUCCCUCAUCUUGAAAGCUGUUUAACCCAAAGUGAAAACUGUUACCAGCUGUUAAUACAAACAGAUGAAUUUUUCAAGGAUGAUGAUGACAAUAAUAAUAAUGUUGGUGAUCAUAAUAAAAACACUGAGAAGAAAAAGAAUGACAUAACAAGCAAGGAAAAGGACAGUGACACAGACAUUUCUUUAUCUUGUAAUUCUUUACCUAAUACAAUUGCAAGUGACCACAGCACUAACUGUGAUGAUUCCAAUCAUAGCUCAUCACAGAAAACUGAUGGAAAUACAGCAUCAUCAAGUCUCAGUGAAACAGGGAAAGGUUCAAAGGAGACAUCAGAAAAUAAAAGCAAAAAAGACAAAAAUGAAAAAGAGAAUGAUGUUAAGGAUGAAGAUGUGAGCGGUAAUGAUGGUAAUGAGUGUGAUGAUAAUGUUAAUAAUGAUUGUGGUGGCGGUGAUAGUAGAGAAAGAGAAGAAAGAGAAGAAGAAAACAAAGAAGAAGAUGAUGAAUAUGAUGAUGAUGAUGAUGAUGAUGAUGAUGAAAAAGAUGAUAAGGGUGCGUCUUCAUCUGACUUGAUACGAAGUCAUGGUCUUGGGUCAAUGAAUUAUUGCCUCACAAUCAAUGUGCCUAACAAGAUGUUGAUCAAAGAAACUGAAGAUAAUAAAGACAUUUUAAUCACCUUGAAAGAUAUUUACAACCUUAUUUCCCAUCAAUAUUUACCAAAUGUGAAAAGAUGGCUAAAGGAACUAUCCAAGACAGGUCCAGACAAUGAAACAGUGAAGAAACUUACUGAUGCCAUGACAAAGUUAGACAAAACAAAAUCUCAGCUGGAUGAGCUGAACCUGGAAGGAGUUAAAAGCAUGACUGAUGAUGAAACAGAUGACGAUGAUUUUGAAGAAGUUGAAGAAAAAGAAGGUUAUGAAUCUGACAUACCUGAACAUUUGAAGAAUGUCUCUGCAUCAGGACACUCAAGACAAAAAAUCCAAAGUAAAGCAUUUAACAAAACUUUGGUGAAGAAGUACAUUUCCAGCCCUAUGCUAAGGAAACAACCUAAUUUUCAUGAAACUUCUAAAGAAUGGGACAUAAAUGCCACAUUACGGCCAGGUGAUGAACAAGAUCCAGCUUCCAUGGCAGCCACAAUGAACAAAUGGAAAAAAGAACUGCUACAGAAGAACAAAGGCCAGAUCAUGUUACAAGAUGAACAAAACAGGCCAUCAACUAGUUCAGACAUUGGAAGCUCUGUGAGUAUCAUGCCAUCCCAAUCCAAUGCUGAAAAGCAAUUGAACGAGAGAAAGGAACGUCUGCUCCAGCAAGCACCAUUUAUCCCUUUUGGUCCAGACUUAGCAUUCUGGGAAAAUCCUGACAAAAUAGAAGCUCCUGCUGCUGUAAAGAAUGACUCUCUACAUCGGUUUUGGGUACCACAGCAAGCAGAAACUUCAUCCUCUCAACAAGAAAUAGCUUUAAUUAAAAAUCGAUCAUUCACAUUUACUGGUACGUUUGAACCUGUGCAAUGGCAAUGUCGUGCACCAAUGCCAAAUGGUACUCUUUGCAAACGAAUGGAUCGCAUAAAGUGUCCUUUCCAUGGCAAAAUCAUUGGUCGAGAUAAUAUGGGUCGUCCAACAAACCCAGGAGAUGCAAAAAGACUUGAGAAAGAGGAAGCUGAAAAGAACCAUUGGCAAGAUAAAGAACUUCAAAAAGACAUUGAAGCUACUUUAGGGAUUGACCUUGGUUCAAACCGUGACCUUUGUGUUGAAGGAAAUAAGAAAAAAAAGGGAAAAGUUAAAGGUAAAGCGAAAAAGAAAUCAGAUUUGACAGAUUUAACUCUUCCAAAGAAUACUUCCGAGAACAGGUUGAAGAAAAAGUUGUUUAAUGCAAGAACCAUGAAAAGAGUCAAUGCUACUCUAGAUAUGAUGGAUGCAAAGAAAGCUCGAGAUAAAUUUGGCAACCAAUUCAACUACGCUCAUUUAUAAAAUUGACUAAGGACAUUGUUGUAUUCAAGCUGAACUUUAAUGGUUCAUCACUAUUUUAUAAUUGUUAUUUCAAUGUUUUUCUCAUUGUUGUCAUCAUCAUUAUCACCAGCAUCAUCACUACCACUACCAUUGUAACCAGACAAGACAUUGGAUAUAGUACAUGCCCAGACUGCAUCCCUUCAUCACAUACAAUUAACUACUGCAUGCCAGAUUGUAAAGUAUGGUCCUCAACUUGGCAGAGAUAGACAAUAUCUGAAACCAUGGAUCUGUUGAUAGUUUCAACAGUGCCAUGGCACAUUCAUGUGAUACAUAUAGUUCUGCAGCUGUAUAUGUGGAGGUGCCCUAAAUUCACUUUCUCUAGUUACUCUCCCACCUCAAUUUUAAUGAUCCGCUUUUGUUAUUAUUUUUCUAUCCAAUACUGUUAUUAGUAUUUAUUAAUCAAUAAUUUAUUAAUGAGUUAUUGUUUCAUUGAUCUCACCCUAUUUCUGGAUAUUGUAAAUUUCCCAUGUCCACUGUUUAUUUUAUUUGUUUCCCUUUGUAUUCCACUUUUAUACAGUCCCUUUUAUUUUGGACCCUUGCAGCUAAUAAAAGAAGUAAUUAUUAUAUAAUGUAUAAAUAUAUAGAUCUUCAUUUAAUAUUUGAUAUUAAUGAAUAUAUACAUUUAUGCACAUUUUAUUAGAUACCAUUUUCAUAAAUAUAUAUAUGCUAUAUUUUUAUACUUUUAAUUGAAUAUUUAUUUGAUAUAUGUACUUAAUUUUUACAAAAUAUAACAGAAUGACGAAAAUAAUCCAUAAUCUGUAUUCUGUUGAGUAUUUAACAAAUUAAGGACAACUAGCUUCAAUGAUCUACUUACUAUUUUUGCACAAUACAGCUGAUUUUUUUCACAAUUAUGCACAUUUUCUUAUCAAUGAAUCACUGUUAUGGAUUAACCUUAUAGCAGUUAAAAUGGUCAUAUCAGGCCAAAGAACUCUACCUGCCUUAUUUUCAAACUGGCCACAUUUGACCUUCCACACCAUUCUAAAAAGUAAACAAUCACAUCAUUAAAAUCUUGAUGCUAUGAGAUAAUGCAUGAUUAUUUCAAAACAAUGUGAAGAAAUAAACACCACAUUUGACAGAGUAAUCUGAAUGCUAAAGGGUUAAACAUAUUGACAUUCAAAGUUCUAACUUCAUGUUUUUCAUUUUAUGUGGCCUUAUGUUCCUAUGAGCUCCUCACCCACAAGAACAAAUGUCAUUAUCAUUAUUUAAUGUCUACUUUUCCAUGCUCGCAUGGUCAGAUGGAAUUUCUGGAGGUAGAUUUUCUACAGCUGGUUGCUCUUCCUGUCACCUGUUUCCAAGCAAGGUUAUAUUUCGCCAUGACCAAGAAAGACUUGAAAUUAACGUCACUUGUAUGGCAGUGAUGACUGUUUACAACUAUCACACAUUGUCAAGACAUGGGUGCACAUAAACACACAUACGUGCCUGUUUAUACAAGGAGCUUUUUUCACUUUCCAUCUAUUAACCUACUCACAAGGUGUUGGUUGGUCUUGGGCUACAAUAGAAGACAUUUGCUCAAGGCACUGUGCAGUGGGACUGAACCUGACCACGUGGUUGGAAAGCAAGCUUCACCUGCACUGACAACAAUAUAUAUAUAAUUUCUAUGUCAUCCUCUCCCCCUCUCUAGUAUGUGUGUCAAUUAAACUACAGAAUUUUAAAUGUCUAUGAAUUAACCACUAAGAUUUUAAACAUCAUCAUCAUAAUUUUUGUGCAGCUUUUACCAUGGGUUGGAGGUGACUUGUUGAGGCAUUAUUCUUUGACUGCAUGCCCUUCCUAAAAGCAGCCCUUGUUUCUAAAAAAACUAUUUGUUCUGGUCUUUCACACAAUGAACAGCUCAAUGCUCAAACAUAUAGCAGAUCAUAGUAAACACAUCACACCACUGCCUAGCCAGUGACAUUGUUUUCUGCUAAAGAAUUCAAACAGUGUCAACACAUAUAUAUAUGUACCAAUUAAUGAAUGACAAAAGAACAGGAGUUAUGAAUCACUUUCAUUAGCUUGCAACUGUUUUUGCUAUAAGAAGUUUGCAUUCAGAGAUGAAUAUUUGUGCAAUACCUUAUAGCUUCUUUGGAGCCAUUUAAAUGGCUCUGGACUUAGGAUCGUGUCGGCCUUUGUUGAUACAUCAACCUCAGUACUUACAUCGCUACCUAGUUUAUUGAGCCCCAAAAAGAUGAAAGACAAAGUUGACAUCUGUGGAAUUUUAACUCAGAACAUAAAAAGAGUCACUAUCUUUAACAACAACAACAAUAAUAAUAAAUCUUAUAUUAUAAAAGAAGCUGAUCUUUGUCUGUCCAGAGGAGGAGAAAAACUUGUUGUUCAGAGAGAAAUAUAGUGAGAUAGAGAGAGUCUAUGUGAAAGAUAAAUCAAUACAUAGUAUUGUCAUAGUAGCUAACACGUUUUGAUUAAAAAUGUGAGAAUUUUAAGUGCAAGUCUGUCAACACAAUGCAACACAGACAUAAAAAUGAAAAAAACUUUCACUAUAUAACAAUAUAUUUUUUGGUUGUGUGUGUGUGCUUAUGUAUGUCUUUCAAUAUAGAGACAAUGCAACACAGGCCUUAAAAAAAGACUUUCACUAUAACGGCAAGUUGUUAUUGUUGAGAGAG